AUGGAUGCAUAUGGAGGGGGCUGGACGGUCAUUCAGCACAGGAAUCGGGGAUAUUCAAGGAUAAAUUUCAAAACCACUUGGAGUGAAUACAAGCGAAGUUUUGGGGAUGUUCGAGGAAAUUAUUGGCUCGCUGAUGGUUACAGACUCUCCUUGGGGGAAAAAUCAGGAAGCAUUGGUGAUGCAUUCAGAUCAUGGCAUCCGGUCGUCAACUAUCCCUUUUACACAUUCGACCAUGACAACGAAAACGGAUGUGCUGCUCAGUGUAGAUCUGGAUGGUGGUACAAUCAUUGUACUCUUGUGCAUCUAAAUGCUCCUUUUUUGAAGGGCAUAGGGAUCAUGUAUGGGAUGGAACUAUUUCAGGAGGCAAUGAUCUUUUCCUUUCGGAGAUGUUGAUCAGAAGAAAGCAGCAAAAACUUCAAAUUCUUCAUUCGCGAAAACA